AUGGCGGCUGGGGGCGAUGGACAUUGGGUCCUUGCUUCCAUGUGGUCAUUGUUGCUCGUCAGUUUCGUUUUUGUCGUGUUACGGAUGUAUACAAGAGUUUAUGUCAUCAAGUCUUUUGGUGCUGACGAUCGUAUGUACAAUCUUGCUUUUUUCUUUCUUCUCAUGAAUACCGUUCUGAUGACCAUUGGCGCACAAUAUGGACUGGGCCAGAAUCUAAUGGAUAUCUUGGAAGAGGAGCCCGACCACUUACCACUAUCACUACUCUACGAAGCUGCCAGCCAAACGUUUGCGAUAAUAGCCAUGAGUAUCGCAAAAUGGUCUUUGGGUCUCUUUCUACUACGACUCGUCAAAGAGAAGUGGCACAAGAUUGCCAUCUGGUGCAUGAUGGCUUGUCUCAUAUCAGCUUCCAUCGCAGUUUGUUUUGUUUACUGGUUCCAGUAUACUCCACCAGAGUACCUUUGGAACCGCAAGAUACCAGGGCGUUGCCAUAUAGAUACAGCCCCUGUUUCCUUGACACUUUGCAAUGAAGACGAAAGAGAAAAUGGUUAUUCUAAUAAGUCUCAGCUUGGGUGUCAUUGCUGGACUAUUUGGAAUCAAGCGUACUCUCGAGGUUCCCGAACUCAAAAGCCCGAAUCACACCAGCAAGUGUCCCUUCACGAUAGUCGAUUAUCAACUAACAUGUAUCAAGAGGAUCCAAUAGGAUUGAUUGUCUGGACAGCUGCUGAGAUCACAGUAACAAUGAUCUGUAUCGCCAUCCCUGUCUGCCGACCCCUAUACAAAAAAUGUUUCACGAAAUGGACGUCUCGCGGUUCCAGCAACUACCCCAACUCCGCAGCGCCAUAUCCGUUGCAGACAAUAGGUGGCGGUGUACUUCAGGCCAAGCGAGUGGAUAGGAAUGGCAGUGGCAGCACGGCUGAUACUAAUGAACAAGUCGAAGAACACGAACGAAAGAUGGGUGUCAAUGGCCCGUUCACAAGGACGAGGGUUUAUCCCAAAAUCGAUGAAAGGCGUAUUGGAGGUGAUCAGAGUAAAGAGGAGAUCCUUGGGCCGGAAUUCCGGAGAAGUCAAAUCAUGGACCUUGAGGCACAGAAUGGCAGGACUAUGUCGACGCGCCAUACUAACAAUUCUGAGCGAAGUAAACAGAAUACUAGUACUGUGUUACAUAUGUUACAUGCCUCAAGGCUAUGGCAACGGCAUAAUGGGUUGUUCCAGGCCGAGUUGAGUGAAAGGCGAGACAGUAAGAAGUAA